GUCCCCGAAGCAGGGCCUCAGCCAAAUUACGUGCUCGACGAGGCUUUUGCUUGGCGCGGUCGCACCGCGUUGCCGAUCCAGGAAGGCCAAGGCCUCUCUGGAACGACGGGAAGAGGAUCGAAGACGGCGUCGUGUUAGAGGCCGCAACGUUGCAGGAUUCGGAAUUAGGGAACCUUCUAUUUCACACAGUGUUGCCGACGGCGGUGAUCCCGUUUUUUUUUUACAGUAUUCAAUUGGUGCAGCUCUCUGUGCGGUUUUCAUCACGUUUGUGCGGGAAGUCCCAAAAUGGUGGCAGCCCAGCCGAUGUGACUGCAGAUAUGCCCAAUUCCGACUCUGAUAACCAGCGGGUGUCAGAGAAAGCGGAGGGUCGCAUGGACUGACGAUUCUGUGACCUAAUACCCUCUGCAUCCAGUUAAUUGUACUGCGCAGUGUGAGCGCCGACUGGCCUGUAAUCCGAGGAUUUCGCGCUGGAAAUGUAAAUAAAGGCUGGCACGAGAUUUGGGAAAGUCUACGAUAGGUGAUUGUUCAGAAUUUCCAGGCUUUCGUCGGCAUUCGAAAGUUGCUCAUUCAGCUGCGGAGAUUCGAUUUUGUCGGCCUUAGUAACCAGGCCAUAUGGAGUGUUGACUGUGGGAGGUCUGUCCGACAAGAUAAUAAUCCGAUCAAAGCUCUCUUGCUCUAAUUGGCGUCUUCACUGGGAUUGUUUGCAAUUUAACAGAAGCUAAUCGAGCCUACUCUCACUUCCCUCGAACUAGUGGACGUUGACAGAAUAUCAGUGCAGUUUUGGUGCGCGAAGGUUGUCUAUUCAUUUCAAUCAUUUAGAACAACUCGUUGUCUUACUUGCACCUGAUUCAGAAUGGCCCGUUCCAGCUCAUUUCCUUGCCAACUGGAUACAUUGAUGAAUGAUCAACCAGUUCAGACUUUGAUAUCUGCUGAGGACAAAUAUGGCGGCCUCGUAAUCGACGUCGAAAGCUUACCGACGAAUACGUCCGUCUUUGUUGAUAGCUUGAAUCAUUCUCUUGCACAAUGGAGAACCCAGGGCAAAAAAGCAGUUUGGCUGAAGCUGACUAUUGAAAACAGCUACCUGGUGGAUCCUGCAAUUAAGGCCGGCUUCAUAUACCAUCAUGCGGAGCCCACACAUGUGAUGCUUGUCACUUGGCUAUCUAAAGAACAAUCAACAGUUCCUGCCAAUGCCUCACACCAAGUUGGAAUUGGUGCAUUUAUAUUGAACGAUAAACAAGAGAUUCUAGCUGUGCAAGAGAGGAGUGGAGUAUUCCAAGGUGCUGGAAUCUGGAAGAUGCCCACAGGAUCAGUCAACCAGGGUGAGGACAUCUUUUCUGGCGCAAUUCGAGAGGUCAAGGAGGAAACUGGGGUUGACACGGAGUUCGUUGAUGUCAUCGGAUUCAGACAAUCACAUGCUGCGGCUUUUGGAAAAUCUGAUAUCUUCUUCUUGUGUGUGCUCCGACCAGUCACCUCCGAAAUUACUGUUCAGGACAGUGAAUUGACCGCUGUCAAGUGGAUGCCAAUAGCUGAGUUCAAAGACCAAACAUACCUAAAACAGAGGAAGUUGUUGAAGAAAAUGCUUGAAGUUUGUCUUGCAACGACAACUGAAUCUGGCUACAAGGGUUUCAAAAUUGAAGAUGUGCAAGCUGGCACAGGCAGGAGGCCUCAAUAUUUCUUCUACAACGCUGAUGAUUGCAAAGAAUAAUUUGAGUGAUGUACUCAAAUGCAUCUGGUCCUGCCACUUUGGCUGUAUAUGUUUGUUCAUAGUCAUCCACAUUCUCAAACUUCGAAUUUCAAAGUAGCUUUCAGACGUUGUGUCUCACAGGACUGAACCAGAAGUCGCGCAUAUGAUGUCACUCUUCAUGCUAGUGGGAUCGCUCGAAUGAUGGUCAAGUGAUACUUGUAGAUAAUUGUAACUGUCAGUCGUUGCUCGAGGAACAUCAUGUUGAAAAAUUUCACUAUAUGUUGUGCAUUAGGGGAACAAUUUUUUUAUUUUUAUUUUGGAAAGAGAGAUGUUUAACUCAUUAGCUUACCUAAGAAAGAAAAGGCAAGGGUCAGAUCUCAUGUCAGGUAAACCAGCUGUAGGGAUUGAGAGGGGAACAUGAUUGAUACGGGUCAACUUAAUUUCUCCGGGAUUUCAUCA